UAUAUAUAUAUAAUCUCUUUGACCUCUCACACAUUUUACACCUUUCCCUCUUUCAUCUUCAUCAUCAACAUGGGUUCCAGCUCUAGUAGACUCGGGUCUCGCCCUUCUUCUACUCCAAGAGUCAACAACACCCACAACCAUCGCUUCAGAUUCUCUUCCUUUCUCUGCGGCGCUUCCACCUCUCGCUCCAUUUCUCAGAUGGAAGAACAUCAAUAUGAAGAACUUCAAGUUAAUUCGGCUAGAGAUUUUGAUGAUGGAAUUCAGAAAGUUGCUGAUGAAUCAUCAUUAUCAUGUACAGAAGAAGCUAGAAUUAGGUGCUGUCCUCAAGCUGAAACUUCAACCUCAACUGGUAUGAGAACCGAGUUCUGCGGGAAUGAUACUGUUGAAGGUUCUUCUGGAAAUGUUGCAACGAGUGUUCAGAGGAAUUGCUUGUCUGAACAUAAGGAGCUAGUCCCUCCUUAUCGGGUAAGUGCUGGUCAUGGUCAUCCUGAAUCAUAUAGUGAUAGUAACAACACAGCUAGUACUUCAUUUGUUGAACAGCAGUCUUCAGACCCAGUUUCUGUAAAUGUUUCUGCUAACAAGGAUAGAAUCAAUAAUGUUGAUGAUCCAGUUGUUAGUGGUGUCUCUCGAAUCUCUCACGAGACGGAGCGUCCAAGGAGCUCAAUCUCUCAAGAGCAUGGAAAUCCCAGGUCUGGUGAAAUUUCUGUUGAGAAUGACACGGAUGCAGACACAUAUGUCCGGAGUUCUUCGAUUCCUGUUUCUCAAGCUUCUAAUACACCACCAACUUCUCAAGUUCCAGAAGAUGAACGCCGCCAUGAGACAAUGCCAUCAGGUUUGGGUAUUCUUGUGUCCAAUCGGGAAAUAGUGCAGGGAAAUGAUGGUCUGUUUCAGGUUGAUGUGGUGGCAAUAUCUUCCAACAUUUUAUCUGGCAGCAAUGCAGAUGCUGAUGAUCAUGAUGCCAGAAGAAGUGGUAGAAGAUUAUUUUGGGAUGCUUUUUCACAACGUAGUUCUAGAAGGCUUGGUGAUUCUCCAACUAUUGUUUUCUCCACCGGAGGCACUGAUGAUUCAGGAUCUCAAGAUCGGUGGCAUGUUGAUUUUGAUGAGGAUUUAACAAAUGAUGGGGUUAGAGGUGCGUCUGGAUAUCGAGGAAGUAUUCACAGAUUGAAUGAAAGAGUGCGAAACUCAAGAUCUGAGAUAUGGGAAAGGCUUCGUGGAGGCCUUGAUGAGAUUGGUCGGUUGAACACUUCAUGUCCAUUAGGACUCCAUGCAGAUGGUAUGUGCUCGUGCGAGUCAUUCCCAGUGGCUGAAGAAUCUAGCACUCGAUCAAGUAUUUCAAGAAUAGUUAUGCUGGCUGAGGCUCUGUUUGAGGUUUUAGAUGAAAUCCAUCGGCAACCUGGAUCUGUUUCCCUAUCUACGGUCUCACUUCCUGCACCUGAAUCAAUUGUAGACUCUUUCCCUCUGAAGUCUCACAAAAAGGUUGUUGAAGCUGACGGAGGCAAUGGCGAUGAACAAUGUUACAUAUGUCUGGCGGAGUAUGAAGAUGGGGACCAAAUACGAGUUCUUCCUUGCAAGCAUGAAUAUCACAUGUCGUGUGUCGAUAAGUGGCUGAAGGAAAUACACGGUGUGUGUCCUUUGUGUCGCGGCAAUGUUUGUGGUGGGUUAACAGAGUCGUCAGCCAACUCAGAAGUGCAGUCUCGGUGAUAUUGUUUGUACAUAAGAAUGUAAAUAGUUCAAAUAUUAGUUAAACUUCCAUUUACGUAGUUUACAUAUGUACACUUCACAUCAAUUUAUUCCUCCAGAAACUAGUGUCAUCAAAAUGCUUCAUUUUGAUAAUCACAAAGAACUUGAUGGAUCAUUUUGAUUUCACUUUAAAAUUCUUUGAAAGACUAAUUGAUAUGAGAAAGCUUGAGAGAUUAAAUUGAUGUAAAGUGUAUCUUGAAUAAGCAUAAGUGAUAAAUCCGUUGGACCCUUUGGCAAAAAUAAUAGGUGCUAAAUAGCUAAUGAAGGAGGUGAAAUUUUAUAUCCGAA